AGGAAUCACCUCUUAUUGGGGCCAUCCAUAAUACAAAGAAAUGCUAAAUCCAUAUGUAUGGUGUUGCAGCUGAUGAAUAAACAUAAGCAACUUAACAAUAUGGAUUUUGUAUCAAAUAUGUCAAAUUCCUUCCACCUAUAAAUAUGGUAGGGUGGUUCAUUUUCGUUUAAACUUUAUUUUUCCCAGAAAUAUUUAGCUAUAAACUAAGGGACCAUAAUAAUAUGCUCACAAUAACUUCCUGGAAAGAGCUUUCAAUUACCUUGCUUUUCUGCGUGUUGAUUUCUCAUUCGUUCGCCUCGACUUUCACCAUUACUAACAACUGUCCUUAUACAAUAUGGCCUGGAACAUUGUCUGGUUCCUCAUCACCUCAACUUUCCACGACGGGCUUUCAAUUGAAUGCUGGCCAAAGCGUCAGGAUUCCAAGUGUAGCGGGAUGGUCAGGUCGCAUUUGGGCAAGGACUGGCUGCAUUUUUGAUGAGUCUGGUGUUGGCUCUUGUCAAACAGGUGACUGUGGUGGUAAGCUUGAAUGUGAUGGGCUUGGUGCAACACCACCUGCCUCUCUCUUCGAGAUAACUCUAGGGACGGGAGAUACCAAAGAUUUCUACGAUGUCAGCAUUGUUGAUGGUUAUAAUCUGCCAAUGGUUGCAACCCCACAGGGAGUUCCUGGUGGAUGCAAUGCCACUGGAUGUGUUUCCAAUCUUAACAUGGGUUGUCCCAAAGAACUUCAAGUGGUGGGUGGAGAUGGAGGAGGAAAUGUAGUAGCAUGCAAGAGUGCAUGUGAGGCUUUUGGUUUAGAUCAGUAUUGCUGUGCCGGAGAGUUUGCCAAUCCAACAACUUGUCGUCCAUCAUUCUAUUCAAGCGUCUUCAAAAGAGCUUGUCCAAGGGCUUAUAGCUAUGCAUAUGAUGAUGGCACCAGCACUUUUACCUGCAAGGCUUCUGACUACGCAAUCAUCUUCUGUCCCAUGAAUGGGGUGAAGAGACCCAACGGUGGAGAAACAACUCCACCUAUUGAAGAAAGUAGAAUGGAGAAGUUCCCAGCGAUGGUCUCAUCGUCAAACAUUCUCCUUCCCUUCCCCAUGCUGAUUGGGCUGUUAUUUCAGUUUAUAUCUCUAUAAAUAAGUCAAACAGCAUAAAUCAGGAUAUGCUUUGGCAUAACGAGAGAACGGAGCUGAAUUUGAAUGGACAUAUGACAAAAUUAAGGAAUGUUAUCUUGAGAAAAAACAAUACAAAUGACAACUUAUUUACAAUAUCAACAGUGUCUUGUACUACAACAUUAUGUCUCUAUAUUUGAUUUAUAGCAUCACAUUCUGUGCACUGACAAAAGUAUUGAAAAUCAGAUAAUUCGUUGAAUCAAACCAACAAACCUCUAAAUUCACCCCACAGGACAAAUACAAAGGAAAAGCAAAUCACUUUCAGAGACUGAAGCUCAUCGACAUUAGAAUUUUUAUGGUAAUAUGGAGGAUAAUCAUGAGAAAAUCUUGCAAAUAAUACAUAUUAUGUGGCCUCUACCAAUUAUAUAGCUUCCUAAAGACUACUUUCAUUAGCUUUUAAAAAAUAUGAUCAGUAUAUGUAUACAAAGAACAGAAGAAAAAGAAAGAAAA